GGGGGACUAAGGCCAGGACUCUUCUUGGGAUUUGGGGGUUUGGUUUGGGAGCGCCUUCCGGACGUACUCUAGGAGUCCGGGGGCCGAGGCCCGCCGCCAUGGGGCUGAAGGCCGCCCAGAAGACACUAUUCCCGCUGCGCUCCAUUGACGACGUGGUGCGCCUGUUCGCAGCCGAGCUGGGCCGAGAAGAGCCGGACCUGGUGCUCCUAUCCUUGGUACUAGGCUUUGUGGAGCAUUUCCUAGCUGUCAACCGCGUCAUCCCCACCAAUGUGCCAGAGCUCACCUUCCAGCCCAGCCCUGCGCCCGACCCUCCUGGCGGCCUCACCUACUUCCCGGUUGCCGACCUAUCCAUCAUCGCUGCGCUCUAUGCCCGCUUCACCGCCCAGAUCCGAGGUGCCGUCGACCUGUCUCUGUACCCUCGAGAAGGGGGCGUCUCCAGCCGGGAGCUGGUGAAGAAAGUCUCCGAUGUCAUCUGGAACAGCCUCAGCCGCUCCUACUUCAAGGAUCGGGCUCACAUCCAAUCCCUCUUCAGCUUCAUCACAGGCACCAAACUGGACAGCUCUGGUGUGGCCUUUGCUGUGGUGGGGGCCUGCCAGGCUCUGGGUCUCCGGGAUGUCCACCUGGCUCUGUCUGAGGAUCAUGCCUGGGUGGUGUUUGGGCCCAAUGGAGAACAGACAGCUGAGGUCACCUGGCAUGGCAAGGGCAAUGAGGACCGCAGGGGCCAGACAGUCAACGCGGGUGUGGCCGAACGGAGCUGGCUGUACUUGAAAGGAUCAUACAUGCGCUGUGACCGAAAGAUGGAAGUGGCAUUUAUGGUGUGUGCCAUCAACCCUUCCAUCGACCUGCACACCGACUCCCUGGAACUGCUGCAGCUGCAGCAGAAGCUGCUCUGGCUGCUCUACGACCUGGGACAUCUGGAAAGGUACCCCAUGGCGCUGGGGAACCUAGCAGACCUGGAGGAGCUGGAGCCCACCCCCGGCCGGCCAGACCCACUCACCCUCUACCACAAGGGCAUUGCUUCAGCCAAGACCUACUACCGGGAUGAGCACAUCUACCCCUACAUGUACCUGGCCGGCUACCAUUGUCGCAACCGCAAUGUGCGCGAAGCCCUACAGGCCUGGGCCGACACUGCCACUGUCAUCCAGGACUACAACUACUGCCGAGAGGAUGAGGAGAUCUACAAGGAAUUCUUUGAAGUAGCCAAUGACGUCAUCCCCAACCUGCUGAAGGAGGCGGCCAGCCUGCUGGAGGCUGGUGAGGAGCGGCCAGGGGAGCAGACCCAGGGCUCCCAGAGCCAGGGGUCUGCCCUGCAGGACCCAGAGUGCUUUGCUCACCUGCUGCGGUUCUACGAUGGCAUCUGCAAAUGGGAAGAGGGCAGCCCCACGCCGGUGCUGCACGUGGGCUGGGCCACCUUCCUCGUGCAGUCCCUAGGCCGUUUCGAAGGACAGGUGCGGCAAAAGGUGCGCAUAGUGAGCCGUGAGUCCGAGGCUGCGGAAGCGGAGGAGCCGUGGGGCGAGGAAGCCCGGGAGGGCCGGCGACGGGGCCCUCGGCGGGAGUCCAAGCCCGAGGAGCCGCCGCCUCCCAAGAAGCCAGCUCUGGACAAGGGUCCAGGCGUGGGUCAGAGCGCGGUGCCAGCACCCCCUCGGAAGUCCCCAGGGACUGUCCCGAGCACUGCUCGUGGCCCUGAAGGUGGCAGUGGGGCUCCAGCACCAGCACCAGCGCCCGCCGCGUCGCCGCCACCAGAGGGUCCGGUUCUCACUUUCCAGAGUGAGAAAAUGAAGGGCAUGAAGGAGCUGCUGGUAGCCACCAAGAUCAACUCGAGUGCCAUCAAGCUGCAGCUCACCGCUCAAUCGCAAGUGCAGAUGAAAAAGCAGAAGGUGUCUACACCCAGCGACUAC